AUGGCUAAGGUGUAUCCUCAAGUACCUAGGAGCUUUUCUCCCUACUUCAUGACCUCAAAGAGAGAAACAUUUACCGUAUGGAUGAAAUCGCUUUUGUAUCAGACAAAUGGUUGCACUGUCUACAACACGAAUGGUGAUAUCGUUUAUCGUGUUGACAACUAUGACAAAAAAGGUAGCAAUGAAGUUCAUCUCAUGGAUCUCCGAGGCAAAGUGCUCUCUACUAUAAGACGAAAGAAAUUACUUGCUUUCGGAGGUUGGGAUGGGUAUAGAUGCAGUGGUUUUAAUACUACAAACGAAGAACAGCCAUGGUUUCAAGUAAAAAAAUGCAACAGAAUGCUUAUGGGAGACUUGGCUUGUCAAGUUUCUGUGGGUUAUGAUCAAAAGUACAGGAUAGUUAGAUUGGCUGCUGGCAAAGGAGCUUUUAGAAUACUAAAUAAUGAGGGAGAUAUUGUUGCAGAGGCAAAACCAAAGCAGUCAUCUUCAGGAGUACUUCUGGGAGAAAAUGUUUUAACUUUGGUGGUGGAGCCUCACAUGGAUCACUCCCUAAUCAUGGCUCUAGUGAUUGUGUAUGGACUCCUUCGUCGUAGAAUGUAAAACAAUCUUAGUUUCUAACCACAAAUUUGUAAAGGCUACCAGCUCGUUGGUUUGAGUUUUCUGUAAGUUUUGUUUCCAUUCAAUUUUGUUUGUAGACGUGGGAAAGAGUGAGUAGGGAGGUACGUAUAAGUAGAGCAAAAGAAGCAGUACGGUC